GUCGCUCGGCAGGACUCUGAUUUCGAUUUUAGUCCCUGCCUCAGUACUCGGCUCUUGAUUUCUCUGGCUUGGUAAUCUCGCUUCAUUUCAAUGAUGGCCGAAAGCAAGACUGAAUCGAGUGUUGAAGAAGAGCAGAAAGAGACGUAUUUGUAUAAGGAGAAAAUAAAAUGUAGCCCCGAGGAAGAAGAGAGGCUCGAGAGGUUGCACUUUUGGAAAAUAAUCAACGUCUUUAGAUACUAUAGUGCUCAUGUUCAUGAGAGAGUAAGUCGUGCUGAGCGACAGUUUUUCGUCCUUCCCCUUCAACAUCAGAUGUUACUUACGGAUUUUAUUCCCAACCUCAACAGAAUUCGCAAGUGUAUUGAUCAUAAUCAGGAAGUCUUACAAGCUAUUGUACAGAAUUGCAUUCAUAUGUUUGAAAAUAUGGAAUAUGGUGAAGAGGAUGAUAUAAGGAAAAUGCAGCCAGCUUCGACAUUUGACAUGGACAAGCUGAAAUCAACAAUUAAACAAUUUGUGAGAGACUGGAGUCAUAUGGGAAAAGCUGAAAGAGAUGCUUGUUAUCAGCCCAUUAUUGAUGAAAUUGUGGAAAUCUUUCCAAAGGACAUCUGUGAUCCAAGGCAAGUCCGUAUUCUUGUUCCUGGAGCUGGUCUUGGAAGGCUAGCUUGGGAGAUCGCCAAACUGGGAUAUGCAUGCCAAGGAAAUGAGUGGAGCUUUUUUAUGUUGUUCUCUUCUAAUUUUGUAUUAAACAGAUGCUCAGAAGUUAACUCUAGGACGUUAUAUCCUUGGAUUCAUCAGUUCAGCAACAACAAGCAGUCUGCUGACCAGACUCGGCCUGUUCAUUUUCCUGAUGUCAAUCCACAGUCUCUCCCACCCAAUUCUGAUUUUUCCAUGGUAGCAGGAGAUUUUCUGGAAGUUUAUACAGAACCUUGUUCCUGGGACUGCAUUGCAACUUGCUUCUUUAUUGACACAACACAUAAUGUCAUUGAUUACAUUGACACUAUAUGGAAAAUUCUCAAACCAGGAGGAGUGUGGAUUAAUUUAGGACCUUUGCUGUAUCACUUUGAAAACAUGGCAAAUGAACUGUCAAUAGAAUUAAGUUAUGAAGCUAUAAAAUCUGUAAUUUUAAAGUUUGGAUUCAAAAUAGAGAUUGAAAAGCAAUCGGUGCCAACAACAUACACAGAAAAUGACCGUUCUAUGUUAAAAUACCUCUAUGAUUGUGUGUUUUUUGUUGUGAGAAAACCUCUUGAUCAGUUCGCUCCCAGUGGAUUGCCUAAUACAAAUGGUGCAGUGAUGCAAGACUUUUUGAAAGGUUCAAUAUCUGAAAGAACAUGACAGGCUGUGACUGAAAACAGCGGCAGAGACAAAAUAAAGGCAUUGAGGGUAAAAUAUUUUUAAAGCUUCUGUUGUGUGAAGUUUUCAAAAUGAAUUUGUGAAUUUAAAGCAAAUCAUUAAUUUUUAUCUAGCAAAUUGCUCCAUAUUUACACGUGAAUCAGCAUGAAUUGCUGAAAUAGUAUUUUACUGAAAACAUUUUUCUUUUGUUACCUUUUGGGUGAGAUACACAAUUGUGU